GACAGGCCCCGCUGCUGCGAGCCCGGAGUGCGCCCUCCGCCCGGAGUUGCAGUUCGUCUCCGCUCCCCGUGGGAUUUAAAUCUUCUUGCGUAGAGACAGAUAGAUUAUAUAUAUAUAUAUAUUAUUUUUUUUUCCUUCCUUCCUCUUUUUUUUUUUUUCCUCCUCCCGUGCAAAGUGAGGAAGGAACUGCACCAAGGCAGCCCUCGAGAUCUUGCAAUAUUGCUCCGAUUUGUCGCUGCUUUUAUUCAUUAAUUAAUUCCCAUUUUUAACCUCACCCCCGAGCGGACCGUUCUCGGAGAGAGAAACGUUUCGAUCCGUAUCAGUAAUUUUAUUUUUCGCCCUUUUUGCAGGGGAAAAAAAAAAAAAAAAAAAAAGCGGGGAGAGGGUGCAGGGCAGCCCGGCGGGGCGGGGGGGAGACGCCGGCAAAUCCAGAGCUCCGGCGGUCCCGGCGCGGAGCGGCCGCGGGGGGAGGCGGGCCCCAGCGCCGCCCGCCAGGGGGGCGAGCCGCCCCACACAGGUGAUGGGCGUUUCGGCUGCGCUCCGGAUCGACUCCUUGGGUUUCACUUUGGUCUGAUCUAAGCAAAUAUGCAGAAGUACCGGCUGGUCUAGUCCUAAGAGCCAAGAGGAGCGAGCGAGAGCGGCAGAAAGGAGAGCGGCCGCGCUCCCGUUGGAGGGGAACGUACAAACAGCGGCAGCGCCGUGAUUCCAGCACCGCCGCCCCGAGGCAGCCCCGAGCCACCCUGGAUGCGGAGGACCCCCGAAGCCACCCCGCUGCCUUUCCCCUGAGGGAUGGUACUGAAUUUCUGCGCGGCAGGAGCCGGCCUGCAGCUCCUCUCCAUCAGCGUUGCCUUCCCUCCGUAUCUAAAGUGCACUAGACCGCGAUGAGGACCUGGGCUUGCGUUUUGCUGAUAGGUUUUGGCUACCUGUCCUUUACCUCCUGCGAGGAGGCCGAGAUCCCGCAGGAGCUGAUCGAGCGGCUGGCGCACAGCGAGAUCCACAGCAUCCGCGACUUGCAGCGCCUCCUGGAGAUUGACUCCGUAGGAUAUGAUGAUGUUUCAGAGACAAACUUGAGGUCUUACAGUGUUCAUUCUGCUAAACAUGUGCAAGAGAACCGUCCUGUGCCCAUUCGCAGAAAAAGAAGCAUUGAGGAAGCCAUCCCGGCUGUCUGCAAAACACGGACGGUGAUAUACGAGAUACCUCGGAGUCAGAUUGAUCCCACCUCGGCCAACUUCCUGAUAUGGCCGCCGUGCGUGGAGGUGAAGCGCUGCACUGGCUGCUGCAACACCAGCAGCGUGAAAUGCCAGCCCUCGCGGAUACAUCACAGAAGCGUCAAGGUGGCAAAAGUGGAAUAUGUUAGAAAAAAGCCAAAAUUAAAAGAAGUUCUGGUGAGAUUAGAAGAGCAUAUGGAAUGCACCUGUACAUCAACAAAUACUAAUUCAGAUUAUAGAGAAGAAGAAACUGGCGAGACCGAGACAUGGAGACGUGACUGUGCAAGGUCACACAGCAAGGCUAUGGCAGAACCAGGGAUAGGACUCAGAUCUGAGUGCUCAUCCAGUGCCCUAAAUCACACGACCAUCUUUCCUUUCCAAGAAUGAAUCCUUGCACCCUUAGAGAUAAAUACUGAAAAGAUUGAGGGUAAGUCAUUUUGCCUAAUUAUUGUGCAUUGGGUACAUGAUCAAAAAACUGCCAUAUCAAAGAAUGUAGUGACUGAUGAAAAUCCAUCUUCCUGCCCAUGCAGUUAUGCAGCCUUUUAUGCUAUCAUGAGCUAGUCAUUUCCUGCAUCUCUAAGGAGCCAACCUUUUGUGACUUUGUAAUGAAAAUUAUGCACAUAGAACAAAUUAAGAAUCCGAUUUUAUGGGAAUUUGUGAAAAUUCUGUAGACAAUUUUUCAUUGUCCUUCCCCUCACUUCAUUGUCAUUCCUUCCUUUUAUGGUGUGGGUAACAUUUCCUAAGGGAGCUGUUUUUAUCGUAGGCCCAAUCCUGAAUUCUUUUCCCAGGCCCUAACGUGGAAAAGCACUUUAAGAGGUGCUUGUGUUUAUCCUUCUCCAAAACAGUGCCUGAGCCUGUGGCUUUGGAGAAAUAUCCCAGUGACUUCAGGCAAAUGGAGCAGAGUUGGUGUCUAUUGCCCUUUUCUCUGACACAGGAUCCCAGUUGUGAGUAGGGGUCUUCUUAUCCGAGUGUUGAAGUACGUUAUAGAUAACCCCAAAUAUGAAGUAACGAGACUAGAACAUGCAGCUAGAUCCCCCCCUCUUCUGCUCUUGUGCCGGUUGCCAUUUUGCCCUGUUUGUUCCUUUUUUUGAAAAACGGCUUUUCUGGCAGGAGUGGGUUCAGGUCUGCAAUUACUAAUGCCAGCGAUCCCAUUUAUGAUGGUACUUCAGAAAGUAAAAUUUGAAAACUCACCAUCACAUCAGACACAUUUGAGACGGGAAAAAAUCAUGAGUUAAAAUUUCAUGUGAAAUGUGGCACUUUUUAUUUAAAAAAAAAAUUAGAAAAGAAAGUGAACAAGACCAGAAGACUGACUGAUCAUUCAUUUUUCAGUUCUGGAAUGUCACCUAUCAGUCAUUCUAAUUAUUUGCUGCAUCAGGCCAAACUAUGUGCUGAAGUAGCUCAAAAUCACCACAACACAUAAAAGUUAUGGCUGGUUCUCGUUGAACUGCUACCUAUUAUCGUGGCAUAUGACUGUAAGGUGGGGCCUGCAAUCACAGCUGUAAAUCAAAGAACGAGUCAUAGGUUAGGUAGUGUUUUCCUUGGAUAUUGUCUCUAAGUUUGUUGUCUGUAUGCUAGUUUCUCGAGUGAUGUUUGAAGAGCUGUUCAGUUAGGUGUGAAGUCAAGAAUACGUAGUUCCCAGCCUGAAAGUUGCACGCUCAUCUUUCCGAGAUUAGGACUGUUUCGGCCUCUGUAAACUACCUUUGACCAUCCGUAAUGAAGGCUCCUGUUCUACUAUCCAUCUUUGAAACUGAGAGUGGCUAUUAAGAUCAGGUAUGCGAAGAAUAAAAGCAGAGAUGCAGAAAGAUCCAUAGCACGUUAAAUCCCAUGGAAAUUUAAAACAAUGUCUUGAAUCUUGAGAACAAUCAGAAAAAAAAAACAUUUUAGACACUUGAAAAGCCUGCCCCAGUUUAUUUGGCAGGUGAAAAAUGAAUCCAGGAAAUCUACUGUAUAUAAUGAUCAUUCAGCGACAAAGUUGGUGUUGAUGGAAAAAUGUUUAUGCUUAAAUCUUUCAGCAGUUAAUGAUCAUCUUUACAGACCAUAAUACUCGAAUACUUCACUUAUCGAUACAUCAGGGCUUGGAUGGACUUUGAGUCAUAUGAAAAUGGGACACUCCUCAGGCCAAUGGUAGCAGCGUGUUCUAGUAACUGAUCAACCAAUUACAUAACUGCCUUGCAGAAAUAGAUGGCAACUCCAUUGACUUCACUGGGAAUGACAGUUACCUGAGAACUGACCCGAAACUCUCGACAUGGAGCAGAUAAUGGUUUCAUAUUUUGCCGUUUAGUGUUGUUGUAAAAAUAGACUCAUUUCCUGGAGCAGUUAAAACAAGAAAAUAUGGAAGAGCAAUUUCCCACAGAGAUUCAUCCACCCUGGAAUUUACUGAGGUCCCCGGAUGCAAACAUGUGCUGAUAGAAAACAUAAAACAGCAACUUUGUUUAGGGAAGCCUCUGACCUGUCAAAAAUGCAAAGCAUUCAUUACCAGACUUUUCCUUGGCAAUUAGUGGGGAGAAUUACUCACAGAAAUUGUUUUGUUUGCUCACGAGGGGAGAAGCAUGACAUAAAUUCAAGAUAUCCCCUGUUUGACCACAAGAAAGAAGACUCUGUUGCGAGGGGGCUGUGGGUGAAGUGCUGAGUGGCCUCAGCUCCCUUUGGGGAUGAACUCAAACUUGUAGACCUCACUGGAGUAUCCAGAGCCCUCCAAAGUUGCUGGAUGCCCCUGGCUGUGAUUUUUUCAGCAGUCUCAGGGAUUUGGGCAUCUGAUCCUAUUUCUUUUUUUCAAGACUUCCAGUAAAUCUCAAGUGGUUCCAAAAUCUCUCUGUCUCUGUUCUGCAGAGGCUAAUUUUGACCCAGGGAUGUUGUGCUGAAUGUUGCCUUCCUUCCCUAGGUAGCUACACUCAAACCUCAGCUUUGCUUUCUGCUGUUCAGUGAAAGUGUUUUCCAGAAGUGACUUUUCAAGUAGCUGUCACGUGCUCUGUUCACUGCUGGAGCCAGCCUGACAUUUCACAUGGGAUGUCCUCCUUAUUCCAGACAUGCUUCACCUUUUUCUUCGCACCCUGCUUUUACCUGUCUUUUCCAUAUGAAGGUGACGCUGGUUGAAGCUGAAGAUGAGGGGAGUUGUAAGAGGGCAGAUAUUCUGCCCUGAGCUCUGCUCUGCUGGAGCCUGGUGCCCAGUGUGUGGGGCCAGGGAAGGACAGGGAGUUGCUGCCAAACUUCAAGGAAGCCAAGAUACGCCUUCUCAUCCUCUGGUCAUCCUACGUGAAGAUGCAUCCUCCCUGGCUGCCACCAAGCCCCGCAGUUUCCCUUUUCUCCUCUUGCCCAGUGGGCCUGUGUUUCCCUGAUGCUGACAUGUCCCUCAUGCAGGGGAGGGUCUCACACUGCACAAAAUGGUUGAGGAGAGGUGGUGUCUACUCAGUAGGAUUCCCAUGGAAAUUGAGGGCUCAUGAACUCAGAAGGGAAGACUCUUCUUUGACCAAAGUCACCCAUAGCAAAAUGAGCUGCUCAGAGGUUUGAUUGAAGCCAGGCAGCUACUCAAAUAUGUCUUCAGGAUCUGAAAUCUCCCUUAAUUCAAAUAGGUGUUUGCAGAAAAAGUGACAGAAGAUGUUAGAAUGGUUUCUGUAACAGGCUGUAUGUGAGUCUGACAGCUUGUGUAUUUUACUGGUGGCCUCAAAUGCAGCUUUUAAGUUACGCUGUCACUAUUUAUGCAGGGAUGUCUCUUCAGAAUGGUUCUCCUAGCAGCUUGUAUGCACUGGUUGUGAAGAGCCUGCUGGCCAACCCAAACCGUUGGGCUAUGUCCGCCUAUCUAAUGGGGGCUCGGGGAUCUCACAGCUGGGGUUAGCAAGUGCAAAUGUUUCCCACUAGCUCCCUACAUUGCCCUUAGUUGUGAUUCAACAAGAUCCUCAGUGGUAAAGCUGAACUUGAAGCACAUGAGUUAUUUCUUUGAAGUUACUCAUGCUUCAAGUUAGGCAUGAUCUGAGCUGGUUUGCUCACUGAGGCCCUGAGGAGCCUGCUGCAGUAACACAGCAUAAGCCUGGUGUUUUCCCCUCCUGCAUUGCCUGGAGUGAUGCUAGUUUCAGCAGCAGGCUGCGACCUCUCAGAAAACUCUUCCAUAGCACUGAGAGAAAUCAGAAAUCUUUAACUGUUCAGUGGCUUUCCAGCAGCAAACUUAGAGUAGGAAGCCCUUAGCAAUGACUGCCCUGUCUGGGCCUCUGGGCCUCUGAGGACUCCUCCUUCCUUAUUUUCUUCAGCAUGUUUCUUUUCUAAGGCAAGAGAAAAAAAAAUCUUAAAAUAGUUCCUUGAAAAGGUGGGAAAUUAAGCAGAUCAUAUCAUCUUGAUUUCUUUAUCUUGCUUAAUGAAGGAGAAGUUUGCCAAUAGUGAUCUGGUAUUUCCUAAAACAAGCAUACAUGAAGAACACUUUGAGCAACUUCAAAAGAGUUUGUAGGCUAGAUCAGGAAAAGAUAAAAUCAGAAGUGGAAACUUCUAAUACACUUUAUAACUCAUUACUUACAGGAAAUACAUUGUCACAUAGGAUACUAAUGAAUUUUGCAGGGUGAAGUUUCCAAAAGAAAAAAAACAAGGUACCUUCUGUAUCUUAGAAGAAGGGUCUUAGGUCUUUAAGUAUGGCAGCCAUGCAGUGGAUGUGUAACGCUGUUCACUGGAAAGAUUCUACCCCUAGGAAAAUGCUUUUGAAAGUUUUAAAUGUGUACAGUGUUGAAUUUCUGCAGCAACUUCCUGGACUGGCUGCUGAAAUGUGAUAAAGGGAAUGGUAGAAGUCUGUGUUGCUUUGAGCUCUCUUGUUCAACACCACAGAGAGUGGAAUGCUGCACUGCAUGCAUCCAGCUGCAGGGAGGACAGCAGGAUCACAUCUGUAUGUGUAAGGAUGAGCACGGUUAUGUUGUGCUGAUGUUCUCUAUCAGGCAGUGAUGCCAGCAAAGUCAGGGAAGAAGCAUGGAUAGUCAGUUUUAAUGUAUCAGUGACACUUGCCUGAAAAAUUAAUAUUUGCCAGAAUCUUAACUAACUCAAAUAGAAGAAGUAACACUGAAAUCCUGUUUCUGGACAAAGGCCUGAAUUCCAAGCUAAUGGAUUUGCUGCUAGUGAGUUGAUGGUCCUCUAGGCCUCAGAGAUAUUGUGGAACAGAAAUAUUUCCUAUCUUUGUGAUGCACUCAGAGGUCCUAUGGAUGAUAAAUUGUCCCCUGCUGUAGACAAGCCCCUCAGUGGUGACCGGAGAGCUGAGGGGUUGUACCCCUGGCUCACCUCAUGGUUUCAAGUGCAGAUGUGCUGUCACAGCUUGAGCUUUUGUAUUUUUUCUUAAAUACAGCAAAUAUUUAACUAUGAGCUUAGUUGCUCUUUCUGUCCUUAGACUCUCAGAUGCCUCUAGACUUGUGGCCACUGGAAGGCCAUCUUAUUCAAAAUCAAGAGGCGUUUGCCCUUGUGAAAAUUUCUGUUCAUGCUUGAAAGUGAGAUUUGGGCCCCUAAGUCAAGGAGAUGCUUUUGCAAAUAUUCUAUCUGUCUUCCCAUUUCUCUGUAGAUCAACCUGCUUGGCCUGAACUGAAAGUAUAAAUAAUAAACAGCUGAAGGACAGUCUAAUUGCUUCCUUUUGAGUGUUUGCCUUAUGGAGUGCUUGAGGUCACAUGGCAGGUGCUAUGACCUUAGGGACCUGCCUUCUGGAGCCUUUUUUAAGAUGCUGACAAACCCCUCAAUUUAGCGAGCCAUUAAAUGAGCCGGUCAGUGGUAACUGUGCAGGCCAGGCUUUAGUUUUAGGCUUUUUUAUUCUUGCUGGGAUACAAGAUGGCUCUGUCCAUGUGCUGGCCAGGGAUGAAGGGCUGGAAAACGGUGUGGUGGAAGAGACUAAUGUGAUUUUCCACAACUUUCCUUGCAGCUGCAUUUUUGAGGAGAGAGAGAGAGAGAUGGCUAGGCUUGCAGUAACAUGUUGUGUCGUCAUAAAUGCUACAGCCACCAUCUGUUUCCAGCCCACGACUUGAAAGAAAACUGAGCAGUAAUCUCGUAAUUCACAUGAGCAUUUUACACUUGUGAACCCUUCCCAACCUUUGUCUAAUAACGAGGGGAGUGCAUGGUGCUGAGGUUUGUAUUUUUCCUGCACGUAUUAGUGUUUAUUUGUAUGUCUCUUUCUGUAUAUUUUAUUUUUUUUUUCCACGGUCCCAUAAAAAAAAAUAUCUGGAAGGAAAAUCAGACCAGUUCCACAGUCAAAAGAAACAUAACGAAGGUGAAAUCCCAGUUCCAUUGACCUUGCUGGCAAAAUUCUCCAGGAGGAGGUGCGUUUAACAUUCCUCGCUGUGUCUGUCUUAGUUACGUGUUGAUUAAAAGAAAGAAAGACCUUAGAAAGUGAAGAGGCAGGUUGCCGAACUGCCCUUUCCCUGCAGAAACAGAACUGCUAGAAUAGCUGGACACAUGCAUUUUAAACCUGCACCAUCAGAUAGGAUGGUAAUGGUAGGUUGGAUUUUAAUGAAAACAAAUUCUUCUGCUAAUCUUGGCUUCGGGCUGGCCCUCCGUGGGAUUAAGGAUACCACCUGCUGUGCCAAAGACGUGCUCAGGUUUGAGGCUGCUGGUGGGUGGGAAGAACACAAAGAUCAGAGUGGCUGGUGAGCGAUCACAGUCUGUCCUCUUGCAGUGCCCUCAGGAAAGAUUAUUUAGUUGAUGGAAAUAGUGCUCCUCUUCAGCCUGCAAAGCAAGGCUAACAUCAUUAAGGAUUUCUUUUUGGCUGUUCAGCAAAACCAAGGGCUGCUGUUUCUCUGGACCUCCUCUCGUCUGGGACCCAAUUUGCACUCCUGCUCCUAGCACAGCCGAACCGGCUGAGUGACUCCUGCACUCCUCUGGCCUUAGGAAUGAUGACUUCCAUCAUCUCAACGAGACUGCAGAGCAGUCUGAGGAUGAAAGGACUUCUCAUUUCAUAUAUCCCACUGCUGCUAGAACUGUAAAUCUUUGUUGGACUGGGUUUAUAGCAAGCUGCUACUGCAAGCAAAUGAAAUACAUUUUGUGUUGUCAUAUGUAUGGUCAAACUGUUCAAAAAGUUGCCAAACACAGAACUGAGCUCCUGAUGGAAAACAAAUUCAAUCUCUUUCCAUUUUAUUGAAAAAUAAUAAAUAACUCGCAAUUGAAUGAACUUAUUUUGA